AAGAAAAGGAGAAAAAAGGGGAUAAAAUCAAAACUGAACUGAAACUUCAUUUGUAGCAGUUUCAAUCCACACUUCCUUGACAAGGAACUUUUUUCGUUCCCAAACUUCUCCAAUUCGACGACAUGAAAAUGAAAAUAGGAAAGUAAUCCGAUCAGUUUUCCAGAUCAUAUUUUCUAUGACCUGAUUGCUACCGCUGAGUAGGAGGAUGAUUUGAAGUAACUUGCUAACUAUUACUUUCUGCUCGCUUGCGGCUCCAUGUCUACGCUGAAAUCAGACUCUGGUGGAAAUUCUAGUGAGUCGGUAGAUGGAUCUUAUAGUUUCUUCCGCGAUCACAGACCUUGUAAAGGUAAUUCUUCAACUCUGGGUUUGGGACGUGAUGCAAAAUGGUGGCUAGACCAUCAAGGGCUUGGGAAAGACCAGCUAAAUGUGUUGGAUGCGGAGGUCACACUAUUGGGCACUGGCUUUGUUGAUGGAAAUGCAAAAGCAAGUGGAGUAUAUCAACUCAGUGAGGAAUGUUAUUCUCCAAAAAAUCAUGGUGGUUUUUGUGCACAUAUGCCGUUAAAGCAUUUUCAUUCUCUAGGAAAAAAUAACGGGGGUAGUUGGUUGCAAGAAUUUGAAUCUACAAUUAAAGAUGAUUUACUCUCAGAUGCCAAUUUGAUAGAUUUGGACUCUUGCACUUGCCUGCUCCUUGAACGGCCUAAGAAGCUUUGUUCGGAUAUGGAUUCAGAAUGGAUUGGACUAAAAAAGAUUGAACCAUGGUGGCAUGCAGGUGAUAAAUAUGAUUCGGCAUCCCUGGUUUCUCAGACAUCAUCUGGCCACAUUAGAGAUCAUGAUCAUCCAGGAGUUGAAUCCAUGCAUUCUGAGAAGGUUUCCGAUAAAUGUGUAAAUUGCUUUGAUCAAUUUAAAGGACAAUUUAGAGAUAAAGAGAGAAAGCUUUUGCAUGUGGCUGACUCUACUCAAGCAAAUCUUGCUUCAGUUGAAGAUACCGAAUUCUCUUAUAUGGCUGAUUGUACUGAGGGAAAUCUUGCUUCAUUAAGCAUGGAUAAAUCACUGGGUAAACAAGGACUAAUGGAGCCCAUUCUGCAAGACCCUGAGGGAACUUUCAGCAGCAGCGACAGUUGUAAUACGGCCAAAGUGGAUUCAUCAUAUAGCCAGAAACCAAGAAGUGGUGAUCUUAGCAGAACCGAGUUGUUAGAAGCGCUCUGCCACUCUCAAACACGUGCAAGAAAGGCUGAGAAGUUGGCACAGGAAGCCUGUGAUGAGAAGGAUCACGUCAUCAAUCUCUUUUUCCAGCAGGCGUCGUGCCUCUUUGCUUAUAGGCAGUGGCUCCGCAUGCUGCAGCUAGAGACAUUAUGCCUUCAUCUUAGGAGCAGAGAUCAGCUCACUUCUUUUACCCCUCCAGCUAUCCGAAGCAAAAAUAUGACUAUAAGGAGGAACCGAGCUAGGGGCCCGAAAAAGAAGCUGGGCAAACACAGAUGUCAUAUAAACAAAUACGCCAUUGCUUUUGCAGUAGGCUUGAGUCUUGCUGGUGCUGGCUUCCUAGUUGGUUGGACCAUUGGUUGGCUUUUCCCUGCUUUCUAGACCUAAAUAUAUAUGUAUAUAUAUACAUAUAUGUCUAUACGUCUAUAUAUGUAUCUUACAUACACCUGGUGUGAAAACACGAUUAGGUGUGGAUCACGACAUGUGGAUAAAAUAUAGGUUUCAUUGUUGAAGUGGCCUAAUCCUUACCACUUUGUGUCUCAUGCUCGGUGGAUAUAAGAAUGAACUAGUAUGUAGAAGUUGGCUACAAAAUUGGUGUUUGCUUCCCAGGUCGGUAGUUCUCAUGUUCUGUACAUAUACUUGCAGUUAGUCUUCUAGUGCGUGUAAGUUUGUGGAAUGUGGUGUGUAAAUGUACAAUUUUUGUAAUAUAUGAAUAAUUUGUAAGUUGUA